AUGUCCAACCUUCCACGAGAAACGUAUCCUUCAACUCCGUCGCCACAAGAAACACCAGCUCCACCACCAACUCCUGCAACUCCAUCAGCAACAUCUGAAAAAUUCACGCUUGUAGAACGAAAAGGAGAUUUGUUUACUGAUUCACCAUCAACUGAUGCAUUAGCUCAUUGCGUCUCUCGAGAUCUUCGAAUGGGUAAAGGCAUCGCAGAUUUUUUUAAGAAAAAAUUCAAUGGAGUGGAAAAUUUAAAGGCUCAAAAAUGUGAAGUUGGUCAAGUUGCUUAUCUUCAACGUGAUGGUCGUUAUAUCUUUUAUGUGAUUACCAAAUCUGGUGUUUAUGAUAAACCUGCUCAAAAAGAUUUUGAAAAUAGUUUAAUUGAAUUGAGAAGGAUGUGUGAAAAAUUUGGUGUCAAAGGGUUAAGUAUUCCUAGAAUUGGAACGGGUUUGGAUGGUUUGUCUUUGGAGUUUGUUAGAAAUUCUAUUAACAAAGCUUUUGAAGGAAGCAGUGUCAACGUUACUAUGUUUUAUCUGUAA